AUGUCCGCUCCGCGCUCUUCGUUCCUCCGCCCCGACUCGUCUGACCGACACGGCCACUCCAGUCCUGCGUCGCCCAGCCUGUCUGGGGACCAUGACGGCGGCAACAAUGGCAACGGUGUCGGCGGCAGCGGCAGCGGCGGUGGCAGUGGCGGCUACGACUCCUACCACAACAAUUCCUCCAACCCCAAGCCAACCUAUGCGACCUUCUCCCCCGCAAACGCACUGUCCGGCAAAAACAACAACACCUCUGCGGCAGCGAAACGCCGGAGCACCAUCCUCGUCCACCAGAAAUCGCCGCUCCUCCUCGCGACCCCACCCCAAAUCACACGCGCGCUGGCCUACAGCCACCCGUACCUCCUCCCUCUCAAUAAACUGGCCGGCCUGAUUACCUGGACGACAGGCGACCCGUGGGAGAGCUUUCUCCUUGUGCUCCUGUGGUGGCUGGUCGUCCUGUACGGCGACACAAUCAUUCGGCUGGCCGGCCCCAUCCUCUUUGUGCUCACUCUGAUUGGCGGUAUGUACGGCCGACGGUACAGCCCCUUGUCGACAAGCGGCUGGAGCAGCGAAGACGGCGUUGUGGGCGGCGGCGGCGGUGGUGGCAGCGGCGGCAGCCACAGUCGAAGUGGUGGCAGCACAACCAGCGGCAGCGGCUUGGGCUACUUCCUCUUUGGAAUCGGUGGUGGCAGCAACGCGAGCGGCGAUGCGAAAUCGACUGGCCGUGAGGCGAUGAACAAAAUUCGGUCUCGGGCCAAGAAUCAUAGCCUCGACGGCUCGGGCGCCAGCCACAUGACAGCUGGGAAGGGGCGCAGCGGGACCAACGGCAGCGUCGAAGCUGGUGGCAAUGGCAGCGGCGGCGGCGGCGGAGGUGGUAACGGCCACCAGCGCUCUGCGUCCGAGGCGGUGGCCAGCGCGCGACACCAGAAGACGCUGGACGAGAUUGUCGACACGCUGGGCGAGUUUACCGCCCGCUGCAACCUUCUGCUUGAGCCGCUGUUGGGGCUCACGGAUUUCCUGUCGACACAGAGUACGGCGACAAGUGCGACGACACGGCCGGCGCUGACGGUGCUGUUUGUGCGCAUUUUGCUCUGCACGCCAUUUUGGUACCUCUUAACGUUGGCGCCCAUGCGUCUUGUCACGACGCGCCGCGUAGCGCUGGUUCUCGGCACUCUCAUCUUGACAUGGCACUCGCGCGUAAUGCGUGUGAGCCGAACGAUCCUUUGGCGCAGCGCCAGCAUUCGGCGGACGGCGGCGCUGGUAACGGGCCUCGAAUUUGAGGGCCCCAUGCGGCCGUCCAAGGCACCAUCGUAUGUGACGGCUGGAGGCUCGAACUUGUCGGACCCUUCGACGACGGCGGCCACAGCGGCAGCUGCGCUGCAGUCGAAGCUUUCUAGCACAAAGCCGGGACGGCGGCUGUCCACGCCGCGCGAGUCGGAACUCACAAAAGCGAUUCGACGCGCCCGCGCAGGACAGGACGCCGGCGUACGGUUUACGUUCAUUCUGUACGAGAACCAGCGGCGGUGGGUUGGUCUGGGGUGGACAACCAGUCUGUUUGCCUACGAGCGCCCGGCGUGGACGGACGAGCACAACAACGCCGUGCCUAGCAAGGACGAGUUUGAGCUGCCCGAAGUCGAAGACGGCAGCAAGAUGCGGUGGCGGUGGGUCGAGAACAGCCGCUGGCGCGUGGACGGCGUGGUGGACGACGCGGUGCGGGUGGAAAAGACGGGAGCGCACGGCGAGCACAUGGAUACGUGGGACUAUGACGGCGAGGGUGGGCGGAUGGGAUGGGUGUACUACGACAACAAAUGGCAGGGCGGUCGGCGCGGCCAGGACGGAUGGACGCGCUGGACGCGACGGCGCAAGUGGUACCGCGACGCCGAGCUGGUGGAGGUGGACCUCGAAGACGAAGCAGCAUCAGCCAGCUCCCAAACCGACGAGACCGUCGGCGCCAAUGCCACCGCAACACCCGGUGAUGCGGCACAGUCAUCCAUAUCCUCUGCACAACGAUCCUCCUCGCCGGCACCAUCGCAAGCGGGCACUGUUCUGACAACCCAUACGGCAGCGACAUCGGGUUCAGAGGGCACCAACGCGGGUGUGGCGGCCAGCACUAACGGUGCAGCCGACAGCAAGCCUGCCACGAAAACGGCGAGCAUCGCCAGCGGCGGUGACGCGUCAGCUGGCGCGAUCGACAGCGUAGACGGCGGAGACGGCUCCGAGACGGCGUCCAUUAUGUCGACAUCGUCCAAGUCUACGCGCUUCCGCGCACCUGGCCUGAGGCGGCGCGUUACGGACACCAGCUCACGGGGCAGUGCGGCACCGGCCGUGACGACAGCAGCCACGGCAACGGCGAUUCCAGCGAACAACGGGCGCUCCCGACGCAGCAGUGAGGCCGAGGAAGAGGCAGACAUGCUCAGUUCGAGUCUCGGCGUCAAGCCACACGGCAGCGGCGGCGGCGGAACCAGCAGCUGGGGCUAUGGUGAUGAGGCACUCAUGGGCCUAGACUAG